GUUCUAUUUUUAAUAAUGGUAUUAGUCGUCAUGUUAAUGGAAUGGCGACUCAAUUUAUUAGUUGUAGCAGAAACAAAAAAUGCGCGACCUCAAAUGUUAGUAAAAUUAGACUGAUUUUUACCAUCGAAGUAAACUACACUGUUUAAUGAAUAGAUGUUUGGUUUAUGAUUUAAUUGUACUCAGUGACAUUCUACGUUAAAUCUAUAGUCAAAAAUUGCUUCAGAAAUUUUUUUAUUCUAUAGACAUGUGAAGUAAUCUCAAAUACCGCGAGAAUAAAUUUGACGCUUUCAGGUGGUUUGAAGUUCUCUUUUGUAAUCUAAACUUUUUACUUAAUUGUUAACCGCACCGCCUUUCGUUUAUACUUUUCGUGGUUUUUUUCCCAAUCUAUCAAAAAUGAAAUUUCUAACCUCCCUUUGUAAAUGCAACCCGUUUCGGAAAAUUAUCUGGAUGGUGAAAAACUGGCGAAAUUGGAUUCCGAGGAGAGUUACUUAUCACGCCCUUUUUUGGGCUCUAUCAAUUUUCUGUCUUUUCGUCACAGUUGGUGAUCGACUUUGGACAACUGCGACUGAUGGCGAUCUGUUACUUGACCGGGGGUCAAGGAAGUUCAUUCCGCCUUCGGAUAGUAAAUUGGGCGACUGGUUAACUAACUGGUUUUGGAUUAUAACUGCGCGAACCCUUAUAGUCUCGCUUAACAUGAGUUUUGUAACGGUUAUGUGGAUGAUUCCUAAUUUUCUGGACGAAGCUUUGUCUUCAUUUAUCGAUUCGGACGUUCGUCAUUCUCAUUUACAAAUCCAUAAGUUUGCCGGCAUUUGGUUAAACGGAUUUGUUGUCGUCAUUCAUACAGCUUUGAUCUUUCUGCCGACAAUUAUUGACGGGACACCUAUGAAACUUAUGACCAACGGGUUCAAUUUUGACGACUGGUGGGACCCUUGCGUGCGGAAGUUCAAGUCUUACAUAACUGAUACUGAAAUUUAUUUCACAGUUGACGAGAUUUUCCGACUCGUUCUUUCGGUAUUAUGUUUCGUUAUAAUGAUGCCGCUAAGUCGCGCCGAUUGGAUGUUGUAUAAGAGUUAUUCAGUUGCGAUGGCGAUUCACGGAUUCGCCGGCUUCGCCUUCAUGUGGGAUAUGCUUCGUAAGAACUCGCACCCUCUAUGCUGGAGGUUCAAUUUACCCUUCAUCAUUCUCUACUGUAUUGACCGACUUUUUUCGAUGUUCAUUUACCGCGUGAACACAUUUAAAGUUCAAAAAGUUGAAAGAGUUUCUGAUUCCUGCUUUGUUUUGUAUGGUUGGGUGCCCAAAUUACCCUACAGAGGUCAAGGGUGUGGGGACAACUACUGGCUGCUUCAUCGGAUUCCAAAGAAAAGUAGGGGCGACCCGAUGUUCCAGAGAGCCCAUCCUUAUACUUCGUUCCAGAACUGGGACGAGUCGACUCGCCAUUUGUGGAAUGUUGGAUUCGUGAUUAAGACAAAUAAUAAAAAUCGACACUCGUGGUCUCUGUGGCUCAUGAACAGGGGAAUUGAAGGUCCGAAGCCUUUUAAAAAACAAAAAGCGCUUAAAAGUUCUGGCAUCAUCACACUUCGUCAUGAAUUCAAGGAAACGGAACUAUACAAUAUCAGCGAAGGCGUUAACAACCCGACUUAUGAGGACGACUUGCAAGUGGCCUCAAACUCCAACACUUAUUUUGAGGCAACAUCUGAUCAGAAACUAAAAGAAAAUGAAAAUAAUGAUCCGAAAGAAAACAAAACCUUAUCGGAAAAAGGGGAAUUAAGCAAUGAAGAUCAAAAAGAAAGACAGCCGGAAACACAGAAAACUCAAAAUAUUCCUCUAAAAUCUGAAAUUGAAAAUCAAGAUAUUUCUCACCUUGAUUCAGCAAAGCACGAGAAAGAAAAUCAGAGCACCGCAAUUCAGAUCACGGGAAAAACUGCAAUUUUCGCGGUAGAAGCUCCUAAUAAUGAGUUUGAACUGACCUCAUAUGGUCCAUAUAGGUCGUCGUUCUAUGUUAUCGGAACUGCAUAUCACUCUUAUGAACACCUGGUGCUGAUUGCAGGAGGGUCUGGGUUCGGGUUCUUCAUGAGUGCAUUGACAAUGAUCAAUGACUACGAGAAGGAAAACAAGGACCGAACGGAGCCUGAAAAGCCAUCCAAGCUGAACAACACGACCAUUCUCUACUCGGCACGUGACAUGAAACUCAUCAACCUAUGUGGUAAGAUGAUAUCCAACAUCAAAUCAUACAGCAAAUGUCGUUUUGUCAUCCAGUACACAGGUGCAGAAACAGAAGCUUCCGAGCAUGAGAACCUGUGGGGAACAUCUGACGGGGAACACGAUGUUUCCGAAACCGAGGGCGCGGCGGACGCGGAAACGUACCAGGGGGGUCAAAUCUUAGGAAGUGCUAUAAGUGCGAUGCUCCCAACUUUAACGUUGGAAAAUAUAAAUGUUUGCCCAACAAAAAUGCCAGCUAUAAUGCACGCCGGAAAUUUGGACACUUCGAAAGGACAUGCCGAGGGACACGUCGUGGAACUAACAAUUGGAGAGGAGGAGGACGCGUGGGAAUGGUGCAGGAAGAGCAGGAACACCACCGGAGCAAGCAGAGACUUGAUUGGUUCACUGGGGCUGGAGUUGGUCCAGAUGGACCACGUGAUGUCAGUGAUGGAGUACAACACAAAUGCCGGAUAA